GAGUCGGUUUAAACUAUGACACAUAGAUGGAAAUGGCCCAUCAACGCGUAUUUCACCUCUGUGACUUUGUCUUAUAAAAUUGAAAAUUCCCAAUUCCCAAGAAUGCAAAGAGUCAUCCUCAACCUCAACCUCAACCUCAACCUCAACCUCAACCUCAUCGUCGUCCUCGUCUUCUUCUCAUCGCUCCUCGCUUCGAUCAUCAUGGCUGAGACUACUGGAGAUGCAACGGUAUCGUCUGAAGCGAAGGUUCACAUCGUUUACACCGAGAAACCCACCGAUGAGGAGCCUAAAACCUAUCAUCUCCGUACCCUUUCCUCUGCUCUCGGCAGUGAGGAAGCUGCAAAUGAUGCUUUGAUCUACAGUUACAGGGAAGCUGCUUCUGGCUUUUCAGCUAAGCUCACUCCUGAGCAAGUCGCUGAGAUCUCCAAGCAACCAGGUGUGAUUCAAGUUGUGCCAAGCCAGACUUAUCAGCUGCACAAACCUGUUGGUGGUGCUUCCAUGUUGACCUAACUUGAUUUUGUGUGUAUUCAACUUAGUCUGUUGUUGUACCGUUGUGUGACUUCAACAAGUAUCUAACUAAAAUAAUGUCAUGACGUUGCUCUAUCCGAGUUGUUAUGUGUUUUUAAGAAUUGAGUUUCUUCAAUAAAUUGUGUUUCUGUUGAAA